AUGGGCGUCCCAAUUGACUUGCCAUCAUCACCAAGGUUCACGCCAAGUCUACAUCGAUAUCGCACCUUACGCGACAAUAGCUCUCCGGCCUCAUCCUUGGCCUAUGCCUCCUCAUCCCCUUCUUUCGUCUGGGGCGAUAGAGGCGAUUUUGACUUUUCGUUGAGCCCAUCGAUUCAAUUGCCCCAAUCACCUGCCUCACUAUCCACGCCCACUUCACCAUCACCAUCGUCAUCAUCCUAUUCAAGGCAUUUGGCCAUUGAUGUCCCGGACAUGAAUAACCUGCCAACAGUACAACAGCAGCAGCAGCAACAACAACAACAACAACAACAACAACAACAACAACAACAGCGACAUUUGCAACUACUACUGCAAUUACGGCAGCAACUACAAGACCAACAGCAGCAAAGACAGAGACUUUAUCGUGAUUUACCACACGAUGCCAACUUUAAUCCCACAACAACUUCGCCCAAUAGGCUCUCUUCGGAUCUUGAAAUGGAGACUCCGGACUUGUCGCGUUUUUUGUCCGUCUCAUUCGAUGAUGCCAAUUCUCGAUCGGUCACGACGAGUCGGACGCUUGCCAGUCCUUUACAGGGCCUCCCUUUUAUUUCUACAUCUACGUCCAUGUCUACGUCUACAUCUACGUCUGCGUCUACACCGAGAUCUACACCCAGGACGAUAGUUCAUGUACAUGCUAUUCAUCAGGAUGUAAUCCAAAUCUAUUCCGAAGAUCAUGAACCUAUUUUUAUGUAUGGUAGACCAAUCCUACCUUCUUCUCCUUCUCUCUCUUCUUCUUCCUCUUCUUCUUCAUCUGUUCAUUGA